CAUUAUCGACUUUUCGACUUUCACGUGACUCAGUGACGCAAGUGCGAUUUACUUAUCGGACGAGUUGUGUUGGGCUGGCCAUGUUUCAUUAUAAGCUAAGGAAAGGGCCUUGUGCUUUCGAAGAAUCUGUUUGGAAACAAGAUGCAGUCUCCCUUCAUUGUUCGAGUCCCGGGGAUGACUACCAUUGCCUCUCAGACGAAAAUAACAGAUUAGUAGAACUAUGUAUACAACAUAUCUGGGUCGAUCCAAACUACUGUCCGGUAUACAACACCGGGGCCAACACUCUUGAUACAGUUCCCUGUAAUGUGACCACUGGAUCGUGUCCAAGCACGCGAAUUUGGUCGAAUGAAAUUUAUAAGUAUCCUGUAUGUUUGAACAAAACGUAUAAUGAUGGUGAAAAUGUUUCAAACGAAGCAGUCUCAUUGCCGCUGGGGAUAUUAAUCGGAGUUCCUGUAUCUUUGUUCAUUGUUUUCUUUGCACUGUUUUUAAUCGGGCAUUGUAUUUGCAGAAGAAGACAAUACAAGGAGGGAAAUGAAGAAAUUCCUUUUGAUGAUUUCAGCUUAGAGAAACCUUUCUAUAAAACAUCAGCCUUUCACGAGGGAGUGAACUUUAUCACCAGCGGUGGUGAAGUACUCUGUUUGGUAGGCCUAUGGGGAUCUGGGAAAAGGUCAACAGCUAAACAAUUAUACGUGGCUGUCACGAAUUCAUCACCGAUAUUAAUCAGCAAUCCUCUUACAUUUGACGUUACAGAAUACCAUGAACCAAUUAUCGUGGACAUGACACUUGCAAUAGACAUAUCAAAGUCCGAAAACGAAAACCUAGCAGAGAAAACGCACAUGUUAUUUGAAAACAUGUCCUCUUCAAACACAUGUACAAAAGCUUUCAUAAUCUUUUUAAUUGAUGAAGAUCGGGAAAAUAUCGUUAAAUUUGUCAGAUCCCUUGGAAAGAAAACAAAAGUCAAAGAUCUAUCAGAGAGUUUAACAAAAGGAGAUCGGACUCAAAUCCUAUAUUCACAAUUUGAAACUUUCUGUCGGAAUGAAAACUUCAGUAAAGUUGAAAAACUGGCAGUUGGUAAAGGCAAGGACCAUUCAUUAGGAUACUCAGAAAUAUGUGCUCUUUUUAUUAGAUGUUCUUAUUUCCAAACAUUUGGUCCCGUGUUAUUUCGAAAUCGUCCUUUACAAUAUUUAAAGUCAUAUUUACAACAAAUGCACAGAUUUGCUGAAAAAGAAAAAUUUCUAAUGUUGGUGUAUAUGAGUCUAAAUCAAAUGGAGAUAAACGUUAACAACCCAGACGACAUUCUCUUUAAAAUACUGGAGUCGUGCAAUUGUGUACCAGCUAGAAAGGAGACGAAAAGCAAGAAAAAACAAAUAGAAAUUACUGGAACUGAAGUAACACUAGAAACAAGUAAUACUGAGCAUGUAUCAUCCUCAGAAAAUAAGCCAAAAAAGCGCAUUAUGAGCAGAGAGGAUAUUAUUUCCUUGAUACCUAUGGAGUUUGUAAACAAGCUAAAGGUACAAGAGGCGUGUGUUUACAGAUUACAACAUGACGUCAUAAAGAGAAUGACGCUUAUUGUGUUUGGAACCUAUCACUUUGAUAAACUGCUUGAGUUAUCUGAGCCAGGGGAGUUAAAGGAAUAUGUUAAAAAACAAAGCAGGACAACUUUUGUUGCGCAAUGCCAAAUUGAACCUCCUAUUUUAGAAAUCAGUGGAAAACAAUGGAGCCAAUACCAAGAAAGAUUACAAUGGAGAUAAAAAAUUUAAUCAAAUAUUUAUCAAAUGAAUGUAAAUGUCAACACUGGAAACGACAUGAUUUUUACUGGAGCCUUGUAGCUAAUUCCUACAAAAUAUUAUAUAUAAAAGAAUUUUGAAGUAAAUAUUUUUGUAAAGUUUAAAAGAAAAUUAAAGACCUUCCCUUUUUAUGGCAAAUUACUGCUGCUCCGCGUUCGGAACAGCCGUAUAAUGGGGGUGUUAACACUCAUUUAAAAGAAAUAUCAAAGAUGAAGAAAAAUAGCUGUAGUGUAUCUUUUAUAAAGAUAAAACAUUAUUCAUGGAAGAAAACAUAACACCGUGUUUAUGGAUAAUAAUACAGAAUACUUAUCCAUAGAAAUGUAUUGAAAUAAAUAUUCUUAAGUCUCAUCUAAACAACUGAAAAAUAUGGUAUAGAUAACGGUUUCUUAUUUUUUUAACUUAGAAAUUGAUAUUCAAUAUGUACUAUCUAGGACGUUUUGAGGUUUAGCGUUAAAGCAAAGUAAACACUUGGACUUACGAAGGAUUUUUUAAAAAAUUGAAUAAAACAUUUCCAAAAAUAUUAGAUAUACUUCCAAUCCCUAUAUUCAUGUUUUAUAUCGACAGUCAAUGAAAACAAAGUUUGUUUGUUAAUGAUGCACCGCUAUGUACGCAUUGAUAGUUAUCUACAUCUGUGCCUGCAUGGAUUAACUAUUUAUCAAAAAAAUUUCCAUUACGAAUACUUAUAUUUGGAUAGAAAAUAUUUUUUUAGUCAAAGUGCAUGUACAUGUAUAUACGCUAUCUUUUUAAUUCAAAAGAAAAAAAUCUCCGAAACCAAGAAAACGGUCUACUUAGUAGACAGUGGCUUAUGUAUCAAAAUUCAUUCAGUAUAGUUAGCAUGUGAAUUUACACCUGAAUUUAUUUCAAUAACUGACAAUUAGAUCAGUUACUUUGUUGCUUUAAUGUUUAUAGUUUUAUUGAUUGUGUCUACUGAAUGAUAUUUUUUCAACAUUCCAACAAUUGAGCACACUUAUAUUACCUAUAUAUGUUAUGAAGUAUUCUUGAAAGUUGUCAACAUCGCUUUAAUUGCUAGUUUCCCCGUAAGUUGUAGAUGUUGUACAUAUUUGUUUUAUUCAUCAAAGCUAAUUCAAGAUGCUUUCAUCAGACAUACGAGUGUUUCAACCUUUUUGAGAGAGAGAGAGAGAGAGAGAGAGAGAGAGAGAGAGAGAGAGAGAGAGAGAGAGAGAGAGAUUGUCUGUCGUUUUGACAUAAUUUGCAUAAUAACACAUCAAAAGAG